ACGCUUCAAUCGUCGUACCGCAAAACAAAACCAGCAACUGUGAGGGAAAAGUGCAGCCCAAUACAGAGGCUUAAAGGGACUGAAGUGGCGCUGCCAGUUUUGUUCGUCAGCAACUUAGAAAUUUCUGCCAAUCAACCCUAAAAUCAAGGCUGAAUGAGAAGAUCAGAAUCUAUGCUUUCUAAUUUCUACUUUUCCACACACCAUUGAUUGAAGUAUUCCGCCAUAAAAAAAACAGAGAAGCAGAUAUAGAUACAGUUUAUUAACCGACUUGUUGAUUUGCUUACCUUUGCUCUGGAUUCGACUUUCAUAGGGAAGAAACGGUAGAUUUGGCGAGAGUAUGGGUUCGCAGAGCAAUCAUCAGAUGAAGGUGGUGACGGGAGAGUACGGAUACGUCCUCGAAGAUGUACCUCAUUUGACCGAUUACAUUCCGGAUCUUCCUACUUAUCCAAAUCCAUUACGCUCGAAUCCUGCAUAUUCAGUUGUUAAGCAGUAUUUUGUUGACAUGGAUGAUAGCGUCCCGCAAAAGGUCGUUGUUCACAAGGAUACACCAAGAGGGGUACAUUUCCGGCGGGCUGGGCCUCGCCAAAAGGUCUAUUUUGCUUCAGAUGAGGUGCAUGCUUGUAUCGUGACAUGCGGUGGUUUAUGUCCUGGACUAAACACGGUGAUCAGGGAAAUCGUGCAUAGCCUUGAUUAUAUGUAUGGGGUCAACAAAGUCCUUGGAAUUGAUGGAGGCUACAGGGGUUUCUAUGCAAAGAAUACCAUUACUCUGACACCGAAGGUUGUGAAUGAUAUACAUAAGCGUGGUGGGACAAUCCUGGGAACAUCUCGUGGUGGCCAUGAUACCAUGAAGAUAGUCGACAGUAUUCAGGACCGUGGAAUUAAUCAGGUUUAUAUAAUUGGAGGAGAUGGCACCCAGAAAGGAGCAGCUGUAAUCUUUGAGGAGAUCAGAAAACGUGGUCUAAAGGUUGCAGUUGCUGGUAUCCCCAAGACAAUUGACAAUGAUAUUCCGGUUAUUGACAGGUCAUUUGGUUUUGACACUGCUGUAGAGGAAGCUCAACGUGCCAUAAAUGCUGCACAUGUUGAGGCUGAGAGUGCAGAAAAUGGAAUUGGUGUAGUGAAACUAAUGGGUCGCUACAGUGGUUUUAUUGCAAUGUAUGCUACUCUGGCCAGCCGAGAUGUGGACUGCUGUUUGAUUCCAGAGUCACCCUUUUAUCUUGAAGGGAAAGGUGGACUUUUUGAAUAUAUAGAGAAAACGCUUAAAGAAAACGGACAUAUGGUCAUUGUUAUUGCUGAAGGAGCAGGACAGGAGCUUCUUGCUGCAAAAAAUGAAGAAGAUGCUUCGGGGAACAAGCUACUUCAAGACGUUGGGUUGUGGAUUUCUCAAAAAAUAAAGGAACAUUUUGCCAAGAAAAACAAAAUGCCAAUUACUCUCAAAUAUAUAGAUCCAACUUACAUGAUCCGUGCGAUUCCUAGCAAUGGGUCUGAUAAUGUAUACUGCACUCUCCUUGCUCAAAGUGCUGUUCAUGGAGCAAUGGCGGGGUUCACAGGCUUUACAAGUGGGCUUGUUAAUGGCAGGCAGACAUACAUCCCCUUUAAUCGUAUUACUGAAAAGCAAAACAAGGUUGUGAUCACUGACAGGAUGUGGGCGAGGCUUCUUGCUUCAACUAAUCAACCAAGCUUCCUGGGAUCGAAAGAGGAUGGAGUAGAAGACAAUGAAGUAGAGGACUAUGAAGUAGAAAGCGAAGAUGGUGAGAACCCAGGAACGUUAUUCAAGGUCAUUGAUGGUAGGAUGCCUCGGCUGCGGGCAGUGAAUUUAUUUGUCAAAGUCUAUAUUUAUUGAGAUAUGCAACUCAAAAGUGAUUCUUCUGUAUGUUUUUAUUGCAUCCAUGUUGUACGUGGGGCAAUGACAUCUGGUUUGCUGUAUUUGCAGACAAUAAUUGCUCUAUUUUAAGGGCCUUGAUGUUUCAUUA